AUGUCGAUCAUGGAUUGUAUGAAUUCGGUAGAUUCUUCACCUCCAGUAGUGCAAAAGUCUGCAAAUGAUUUGAGAGAAUAUAAAGUGAUGCGUUUAUGCAAUAGGAUGAAAGUGCUUCUUAUAAGUGAUCCGGAAACAGAUAAGUCUGCAGUGUGUUUAUCUGUGAACAUUGGUUCACUGUCGGAUCCGAAAGAACUGCCUGGUCUCGCACACUUUUGUGAGCAUAUGUUGUUUCUUGGUACCAAAUCGUUUCCAACAGAAAAUACAUAUUUGAAGUACAUAACCGAUCAUGGUGGUCACUGUAAUGCUUUUACGAGUCCAGAUAGAACUUCUUAUGUGUUUGAUGUUGCACCUGAAAGUUUGAAAGGUGCGUUGGAUAUUUUCUCACAGUUUUUCAUCUGCCCUCUUUUCACAGAUUCGGCAACAGAACGUGAGGUGAGUGCUGUACAGUCGGAACAUGAGAAGGACAUUAGUAAUGAUACUAGACGUCUUUUUCAGCUAGAGCGAAGCUUGUCAAAAAGUGGUCAUGAUUAUACGAAAUUCCUCUCUGGUAAUCGAUACUCUUUAUUUGAGUCCAGUUGUGCACAAUCGGUGAAUACACGCGAAAAGUUGUUGCAAUUCUAUUCAACAUGGUAUUCGUCAAAUGUGAUGGGACUAGUUAUUCUUGGAAGAGAAUCCAUAAAUGACCUAGAGAAACUUGCAGAAGAUAAGUUUUCGGAAGUUAUUGAUCGUAAUGUUGUGCAACCAUCAUGGAACGAUACUCCAUGGCCUGAUAUAUGUCUCAAGAAAAUGGUAUAUGUCGUCCCACUGAAUGACGUCCAUCAAAUGAAUAUAAUGUGGCCUAUUCCUGACUAUAUUCCAGACUAUACAGCUCAAGCCCCUAGUUAUGUGACUCAUUUACUUGGUCAUGAAAGCCGCGGAAGUUUACUGAGUUUAUUCAAAAAUGCAGGCUGGGCUAAUCGAUUAGCAUGCGGAGUUAGUAGGCCAGCAGCUGGGAUCUGUUCUCUAAUUUUGUCUAUUGAUUUAACUUUAAAAGGACUUGAUAAAACUGAUGAAAUUAUGACAAAUGUAUAUCAAUACAUUAACAUGCUUCGCUCUGAUGAACCACAAAAGUGGAUAUUUGAUGAAGAACAGGCUUUAUGUCAAUUAAACUUUCGAUUUAAAGACAAAGAACCACCUUAUGAAUAUGUGACUGGAUUAGCCGGUAAUCUAUUGCUUUAUGACAUGCAAGAUGUUCUAACCGGUCCUUUCUUGGCAACUGUCUAUGAUCCAGAUUUAAUUAAAAAAAUCUUAAGUUGUUUAACGCCUGAUAAUAGCCGCGUCUUUCUAGUCAGUCAGAAGUUUACAGAUAAAUGUGUGGAGGAAGAACCCUGGUAUCAUACUAAAUACCUUGCUGUUAAUAUUCCUGAAAAUACCUUGUCAGCAUGGCGAAAUAGUUCUUCUAAUCCAGAAUUGAGAUUCCUCGAGCCAAAUUCAUUCAUUGCUACUGAAUUCGAUCUGGUGCAAAACAAAUGCCCCAUGAAUGUGGAAAUGCCAGAAUUAUUAAUCGAAACAGAGAUGUCUCGUAUUUGGUACUUUCAAGAUACAGAAUUCAAUCUUCCCAAAGGUUUUAUCACAUUUCAUAUUGUCAGUCCAUUUGCAUUUUCGAUCCUUUUCAUACGUCACUUGGUUUAA